AGAUACCGGGUCUCUGAUUCUGAAGCUUUCUGCGGCCGUUGGUCUCUAAAAAACCCAUAUUAUAUUUUCUACAAUUAUGAAACCCAGUACAACCCAGUGCCACUACAGACAUACAAUACUCUCUGCUUGGCCUACAAAGGCUGUCUGGCGAAUGAACUUGGAAUGUAUUUCAGUUACCAACGCAGCGAUUAUGGUUAUUACGAGCAGAUGAAUACACAAAUCUCUGUGCAAUUUGACUCAACGGAUGAGUGGAAAUACAAGUGUGUGGAUCUCAUGGAUUCCAUUCCGCAAAACAUCGUAGGCUCCAACUACCAACUGCUUUGGCUCAGUGUGGCUGGAGAGAGCGCUAACUCUGUGUACUACAUAGAUACUGUUCACAUUGGAAGGGCAGUAACUGCUUUGGACCCUUCUGUUAUAAUGCAGAGAAGUCCACCUGCUCUUGGCAGCUCAGGACAUUUCUUUUCCAGUAUUUAUGUGCGCAAACAAGCAAGCGCUUCACAAAUCAGUUAUGAGAUCACAGCGACACCAUACUACUGUGGCUUUGGCAUCCCGUUGCUUGAAAUCGCCUUUCUAGAGAAAAUGCCAAACAGCACCGAGGACAUACUGGUUCAACGUCAGGACAAUGCCACAGUCACUAUUAGCCGUGUUCACAAAGCCAGUCCACCUCUUACUGGAACCUUUGAUGUGGAGAUCUACGGUCGACGUGUUGAGGGUAAACAUGAUGGCUACAGGUACUACAUUGAAGUUGUAGUUCAGGGAUAUUAUUAUUAUUAUUAUUACUAUCAAGCUUCAGUCGAUGUGGGCUUUUUCAAAGACAUCAGCCCUUUCACAGCCCAGCAGACAACAGAAGCUGUUCAAGAGAAACAGCAGAUAAUCGCCAGCUAUGAUGUUUUUCCUGAGAGACAGGAGGUUAGUUUUGAGGGAUGGACACCUGUAAGUGCUGUCCAAGAUGUGCAGACUUUGAGAAUCAGCAGUGACUGUUUUUCCAUGGGUUUCUGUGACAGCACAUUCUACUUUCUGGCAUAUGGAGAUCAUAGAACAGGACCUAUUCCAGUCAGUGCAUCAGCGUUGGAGUUGCAGAACGCUCUGAAUGAGUUGAGGGGAAUACAACCAGACACAGUUACAGUCACAAAGGAGGAACUGAGCACAGAAGCACUUUACAAUGUGACAUUCAACUCCAACAGAGGUGACUUUGAGGAUCUUCAAUAUUUGACCAUGGGGUCAGAUGUAAACAUCACAGUUACUGAAGAAGUAAAAGGGAAGGCCAGUCUGGAGAAUUUCACACUGUUGUGGGGCGGCGUCCCAUCACCUCCUUUGACAUAUGAUGCAUCUGAGACUGAGGUGCUGGAUGCAAUAAAUGUGAUGAUCUCAGCUAAAUGUCCAGAACAGAUUCCAACCACUGAGAACACAAAUGUGAAAUAUUUCAGAGAUUAUGAAGACAGUGGAGAAUAUUACAGAUACCGGGUCUCUGAUUCUGAAGCUUUCUGCGGCCGUUGGUCUCUAAAAAACCCAUAUUAUAUUUUCUACAAUUAUGAAACCCAGUACAACCCAGUGCCACUACAGACAUACAAUACUCUCUGCUUGGCCUACAAAGGCUGUCUGGCGAAUGAACUUGGAAUGUAUUUCAGUUACCAACGCAGCGAUUAUGGUUAUUACGAGCAGAUGAAUACACAAAUCUCUGUGCAAUUUGACUCAACGGAUGAGUGGAAAUACAAGUGUGUGGAUCUCAUGGAUUCCAUUCCGCAAAACAUCGUAGGCUCCAACUACCAACUGCUUUGGCUCAGUGUGGCUGGAGAGAGCGCUAACUCUGUGUACUACAUAGAUACUGUUCACAUUGGAAGGGCAGUAACUGCUUUGGACCCUUCUGUUAUAAUGCAGAGAAGUCCACCUGCUCUUGGCAGCUCAGGACAUUUCUUUUCCAGUAUUUAUGUGCGCAAACAAGCAAGCGCUUCACAAAUCAGUUAUGAGAUCACAGCGACACCAUACUACUGUGGCUUUGGCAUCCCGUUGCUUGAAAUCGCCUUUCUAGAGAAAAUGCCAAACAGCACCGAGGACAUACUGGUUCAACGUCAGGACAAUGCCACAGUCACUAUUAGCCGUGUUCACAAAGCCAGUCCACCUCUUACUGGAACCUUUGAUGUGGAGAUCUACGGUCGACGUGUUGAGGGUCUGCCAGUAAACAUCAGUGAUGUAGACCUGCAGUACGCACUACAGGGGAUUCCAGAGCUCGGCCAACUGGAAGUGCACAGAAAUGGAGAUUGUAGAGGCUACACGUGGGACAUCCACUGGCUCACCGUCCCGGGCAAUCAGCCACUGUUAGAGAUUAAUUCCUCUGCCGUGGUCGGCGUGAACCCUUCAGUGACUUCACAUGAGAUCAAGCAAGGAGGCAUCUUUAAACACAGAAUUACGGGAGACUUUCUGCGUAUCCCUACAGAUAAACCACAGGUUGAGGUCUUCAUCAACGGCAUCCCAUCAUGGUGUUCAGGUGAUUGUAGUUUCACAUGGAGUGAGUCUAAGACCCCAACAAUGACUGGAGUUUCUCCUACAGAAGGUUCCAGUGGUUUGGCAACUGUUCUCAACAUAACCGGAUCUGGAUUUGAUGGUGGCAGCGUUACAGUAAAGACGGGUGAUGUGGAAUGUUCUGUUCAAGAGGUCUCCAGUACUUAUAUAACCUGCAGAGUUGGUCCAGCGAGUGCUGGCACACAUCCAGUGUCUCUGAGUUUCUCUGGCCUGGGCAAUGCCCGAUACCAGAACGGCACCAGUUUUAACUUCACACACCUGUUAGGAGUGACCUCCAUAUACCCCACCACAGGAAGUACAGCAGGAGGAGAGAUUCUGACUGUGUUUGGUUAUGGAUUCAGUAUAAAUACAGCUGUCACCAUUGGCACUCAGCCGUGUAAUGUUACUGAAGCAGAAUUUACUCAGUUAAAAUGCAGAGUUCCUGCUGGGUCAGCAGGUCAACAGACUGUAACAGUGACCAUGGGAGAGAUGUCAGCAACAUCAACUGAAUCCUUCACAUACAACAACAUUCUAAUGGCCACCAUCACUGCUGUCAGCCCACACACUACAACAGUAUUCGUCAACAACGUGGGUACAGCCAUCAUGACAAUGCCGAACGAGAACGACCGCAGAUUUGUGGUUCUACCUGUGGUUGAUUCUGUCUCUCCCUCUGUGGGCAGCACGACCGGCUACACACGUCUCUCCAUCUCUGGCUCUGGUUUUGUGAACGCAUCUGUGAUGGUAGCAAAUGUUCAAUGUAAUGUAGUUUCCAUGAACUACUCACAAAUAGUGUGCGACACCUCACCGUCUUCGGCCCGCAGGGGAAACGUCACAGUCUAUGUAAACACCAUCUCUUCCUCUUGCAGUUCUGAGUGCAUGUUUGAAUAUUCUCAGUCUGUUACACCAGUUGUCUCCAGCGUGUCACCUGACUCUGUUACUGGAAACUCUACUACUGUUGUGGUCACUGGCAGUGGCUUUGGGAACAAUAAAGCCGAUCUAAGGGUAUCUGCUGAUGACAAUAUCCUGGAGGUCACACAGGUCACAGAUAACAUCAUCACACUUUUGGUCGGUGCUCUGCCCGCUGGCCAACAUGCCCUAUGGGUGGUGGUGAUGAGUAAAGGUCUCGCCACAGGACUCUUGACCCUGACCAGCACACCACAGGCCACCAUCCAACCAACAUCAGGAAGCAUUGCUGGAGGAACUCCACUCUUGAUCGAAGGAAAUGGCUUUGUGGUAGAUAAUACCACUGUGAUGCUUGAUUACGUCCCCUGCCAGAUUUUGGAAGUGACCCCAGACAGAGUGAAAUGUUUAACACCUCCUCAUGCAGAGGGAGAAGUGCAGGUGGAUAUUUGGGUGUAUGAUGUUGAGUACCCACAACAAAGUUUCUACUACACCAUAAAACAAACUCCAGACAUCAUCUCAGUGAGCCCUGCAACAGGUCCUGUUGGAACACAGAUCAACAUCUCUGGUUCAGGCUUUGGCACAGAAGCAGCGCUCGUCUCAGUGGACAUUGAUGCUGUGGGUUGUAAUGUGACAUCCAUCUCAGAUAUACAGCUGAUGUGCACUGUUGGGGAACACGCAGGAGGAACGUUUCCAGUUAUGUUAUAUCAUCAGGUCAAAGGUCAUGCCUUAUCUCAGUCUGUCUUCAGCUAUGAGCUGCUGCUGACACGGGUCACACCAAACGAAGGAAGCUAUGCUGGAGGAGCUGUUGUUGCCAUUCAAGGCUCUGGAUUCGACCCAAACACCACCAGAGUUCUCAUCUGUGACAGAGAAUGUAACGUGGACCUGCAGAACUCCACAUCUAACCAACUGUACUGUGAGGUCCCGUACAACAAUGGGAAUGAAACAGAGCAGGUCUGCAUGGUUUCAGUGAUGAAUGGAAAUGAUACAGUCAGCAUCACAGCCGGCUACACAUACAGAUCUUCUUUAACCCCUGUGAUCACUGAUGUCACACCACGCAGGGGAGGAACAGCUGGAGGAACCAGACUCACUAUUACAGGCUCAGGGUUCAGUGCGCUGGCCGCUGGGUUCAGCGCUGUUAGGGUGGCUGUAUUUUACUCAAGCCCUCAGCGGUUAGACGUCUAUGUAAACAACAAACUUGUUGCUCCAACUAACGCUCAGUGGAAUGCAGGCAACACUGAAUACACAGCACUUGAGCCCACAUAUCCAGGUCAAUAUCUUCCAAGUUUUAAUUCCACCCAUGCCUCCAACUUCUUUGACCCAGACUACAAAAUGCUGUACAUACUUCUUCGAGGCUCAGAGCCGCUCCAGAUCCGCACCUCGCCGCUUCUUGUCGUGGCCUUUAACCUCCCGGCCAUGACCGAAGCAGAGUUCUUCGGAGCUAAUCUGAUCAGAAAUCUGGCUGCAUUCCUCAAAGUACCACAGAACAUGAUUCGAAUCACCAAGAUCGUCCGUGCGGGCGGUGGUGCACGAAGACGGCGCUCCACUGGACUGACGGUGGAGAUUGAGAUCAGUCUGCCACCCGUCCAGACGUUUAGCACCAACACCACAAACAACAUGAACAGCACCGACAGCACCAACAACACCACCGGCACCACUGAAGACGACCAGCAGUUUUUGAUUCUGAAGAACGUCGCUGAUGAACUUGGUCGUGCUGCCGUCUCAGGGAAUCUGAGUCAGUCCAUCGGCUUCAACGUGUCGUCACUGGAGAUGAUCCCUCCUCCGCCCUCUUCCAGUGACCCGUCCUGGAGUCAGGCGGCCACUCAGGAAGUGACUCGUGAAGACCAGCAGAUGGAGUCGGUCAGGACGGUGUCUUCUCUGGUAAUGGUGGUCCAGCCUGUGGCUGCGUUGUAUCCUGGACCCCUCAGCGUGCAGCCCAGCAUCAUGGCUUUGGAUUCAGAGGGUAACUGUGUGUCUGUGGGUGUGACGAGUCUAACAAUCUCAGCUGUGCUCAAAGAUGCGAAUGGGAAUCCAGCGCAGGGACUUUCUGGAAACACCACCAUCCUGUUCAGUGGCUGCUGGGCAAAUUACACCGACCUCUCCAUCUUAACCAGCGGCGGAAACUUCAUGUUAGCAUUUACUCUGAAUAAAUGGAAUGCUCAGUCUAGAUCCUUUACUGUCAGAGCGGUUACGACUCCUUCAGAACAUCCAGAUACAACUACUACAGGACGUCCAGGGGUUGUCCCCACAGACUGCAUCUUUUUUUGUAUCUUUGACUCUAGUCCAUCCAUCACAUCACCAUCUGUGUGUCUGCUCAUGCUGUUAACUGCUCUACUCCUCCUGUUCAGACAAACCUAGUGACAACUCAAACAAAUGGAGAAACUACAAUAUUCGCUCUGUUAAAAAAAUCAUAAUUAUUACGUAUUUCUUUUUGUUGUUUUCUCAAAAUGAUUUCUAAAGCUAUGCCUUUUAAUCUGAG